AACGCUGGGCACCUCCCGGACGCAGCUGGGCUGGACUGGUCGCCGGCGAGGGCGACGGCGGGGGGAGUGAGGACUGCGGCGGCGGUGGCCGCGGGCUGUCCCCGUCCCUGGAGCGAGGGGCGGGCGGUGGACGCAAGUGGGCGAGUCUCUGGCUUUUCCCGGGGUAUCGAAUGUGACAUUCGGAUCCAGCUCCCUGUCGUGUCAAAACAGCAUUGCAAAAUUGAGAUCAGUGGGCAGGAGGCAGUAUUGUUUAAUUUCAGCUCCACCAAUCCGACACAAGUGAACGGGUCCGUUAUCACGGAGCCUGUACGGCUAACGCAUGGAGAUGUGAUCACUGUUGUCGAUCGUUCCUUCAGGUAUGAAAAUGAAAGUCAUCAGAAUAGAAGCGAGUCAGCGGAAUUCACAGGACAAAAACGCAAACAGGAAUCUCUGCAUCGGGUCUCAAGAUCUGGCUUCACUUCCGACCCUGAACUUCCUAGAGAGAACUACAGAAAUGCAAUGGAUCCUACAGCCGGGGACUUUAAGGGAGGUUCCAGCGUACCCUUAGUGAGUUGUCACGGAGAACUGAAGUCUUUCCCCUCUACCUGGCAUCCUGAGGACAGUGAAAACCAUGAGUCUCCCUUUAGGAAGCUUUACGAGUCCAUGAAAGAAGAGUUUGAUGUGAAAUCAGAAAAAGGAAAUGUUCUACAGAGCGGUAAAAAAUCAGGGUCACCGAGUCAUCGUGCAUCAGAGAACGAAUGUUCGGGUGGGUUACAAGACGGGACGCAAGUCCUGGUCUCAGUGAAAUCCAGGCCCAGGUCGGGUCGAUUCGCCCCAGUGAAGGCCGACCCUGCUUUGGGAGAACAAGGAGCUAGCCAGACUGAGGGCCGGAGAAAGGAUGAGGAGGCUCUUCAGACUCCCAAGGAGACCAUGGGUCCCAGCGUCCCUCCUAAGGAGAUGACAGGAACCAGGACCAUGGUCCAACAUUCCCCACACAAUGCCCCACGGAAACGUCGGAGCGAAGACAUGCGUGUUCCCAGCGGAAGUGAGUCCGUGAAUCUGGAUCAAAGGGAAGGCUUCGGGACAGAUAACAAAACAUUUCCUCCCCGGAAGUUCUUAACCAGGAAUCAGACACCUACUAGAGUCGAAAAUGAUGAUAAUUUUGGAGCUACACCAGAAAAAUGCUUCUCCAAAAAGCGGGGGAGUGUUCCUACCAGUAUGGACAUUCUUACCACAGAACUGGAAACCCAGAGUCACGCUGUUUUAGCUCCAUUGUCCGUUCAAGUUGAAAGGAAGAUUCAAAGCAUUUCCGUGCACCAGCCUGAGAAAGUGGGCACCACAACCGGGCACUCGAGCUCUGGGUUCCCUGGUCGUAGUUCAGUUGAUAGCAACAACUUUGGUGACGCCAUUAAUAAGAUUGAGGGAACACCCCUAAAAAGGAGGCGGGUCUCCUUUGGUGGCUGUCUGAAGCCGGAGUUAUUUGAUGAGAACUUACCUCCUAAUACACCUCUUAAGAGAGGAGAAACACCGAGAAGUUCCCUCGCCAGCCCCACCCCACCUGUCCUGAAGAAAAUCAUCAAGGAAUACCCUCAACCAUCAAGAAAAGAAGAUUCUUCGGAAAUCUGUUUGGAAGUGACUGCACAAGACCAGUGUAAAGGAUCUCCAGCUCAGAAUCCGACGCAAACUUCUCCAGUUGCAAAUGACGCCCGCCGCAGGUCAUGCAAGGUGUCCUCGGUCUCCAGUGGCAGCAAAUCUCAUCAUACAGACAUUCCCAAGAGGGGAGGGAGGAAGAGCGGUACCUUGCCUUCAAAGAGAACUUCCAUCGAUCGAAGCCAACAUGAGAUCUUGCAGAGGAUUUUUUCCAAAAGAAGGAGUGGUGCUUCUGAAGCCAAUUUAAUCGUGGCAAAAUCGUGGGCAGAUGUCGUAAAACUCGGAGCCAAACAAACACAAGCUAGAGUGGUUAAACAUGGCCCCCAAAGGCAGCUGAGCAAAAGGCAGAGGAGAAUGAAUACUCCAAAGAAGGCUGUUAGCGAUGUUCACAAUCAAUUUAGCACAGGCCAUGCCAAUUCUCCUUGUACCAUAAUAAUAGGGAAAGCUCACAUUGAGAAAGUAAACGUGCCCGCUCGGCCCUACAGAAUGCUCAACAGCUUUGUAUUCAACAAAAAAAUGGACUUUAAUGAAGAUCUUUCAGGGCUAACUGAAAUGUUCAAGACUCCGGCGAAAGUGAAGCCACAAAUAAUGAGCCCAUGUCCCAACGCUUUUUCAAAUUCAGAGGAUUUCCUCGGAAAAAAGUUUCAAGUACCUAAUUCAGGAGAAAAACCUCUGCUGUGCACUUCAGAAACUUUUGGAGAGAAUGUAUUCCCCAUGACUCAGAAUGCUCCACAGGAGCCAUCCGAUCAAAGGAUGCCUGCCAGCCCUGCCCUCAGACGACCGGCUAUUAGAGUAAACACAAACAUCGAGAAAACUCGAGGAUCGGAAGCAGAGCCUCUGAAGGAGGCAUUAAGUGCAAACAGGUUCCGAAGGUCCUCAGAGCUCAGAAAUACACAGAUGCCAGGUCCAGGGCACAGGGACAAAGAAGCAAACACAGACCCUGCUGAGAACACUUCAGGGCGACAUCUGAGGAAAACUCCACAGCGAGGACAGAAACCUGAGGGAGCGACGGAGGAACAGGAGAGCUGUUUUGAAGCGUGUGAGAAAGCUAUCAAAUCAGAAGACAGUUCUGAAAACAUGGUAGCUGUGAGGAGAUCGAGAAGAUAUUCAGAGCAAAAAUGGGAACCAAUAGCAGACCUGACCACCCUCAAGAGACAGCAGGACACAGAACCCAAGGAAGACCUAGGAGGCAUCCAAGGUCUCCCCCAGGCCCCCACUCAAGCCCAGGAAACAAUGGAUGUGGGAAACAAAACUGCAGAAAAGUGCCAGAAAUCUUUAAAGCCAGAACUAGUUGGCAUGCCAACCAGGAUGAACAUACAACUCAAGACCUCUCCCCAGAAAGUGGACCUAGAUGAAGAGCCCUCAACUCUCAGGAAGUCCAUCCGAAAGUCGGGGGGAAGCAUCCCCUCACACGGAGAACAAGGAGAUGGUGACGAAGACAUCACAUUGUUGAACAGAACUCCAAAGCAGACACUGGACUCUGCAGAAAAUGUAACUGGAAGCAAGAGGCGGUCGAGAGCACCCAAGAAAAUGGUCCGUUCCCUAGAAGAUCUGGUUGGUCUCAAAGAGCUGUUCCAAACCCCAGAGCAUACCCCAGACCCAGUGACUGAUGACAAAACCACAACAGUCCCCUGCAAAUCUCCAGCAGCAGAUCCAGUCAACAAGCCAAGAAGUAGAAGGAGGCGACUCAAGACCUCUCCCCAGCAAGCAGACGUAAAGGAAGAGGCCUCCGCUCUCGGGAAGUCCACCCGAACACGGGGAGGAAAGGCACACUCCCACAGAGAAUCAGGAGGUGCUGAUGAAAAUAUCAAACUUUUGAAUAAAACUGCAAAGCAGACACUGGACUCUGCGGAAAAUGUAACUGGAAGCAAGAAGCAGUCAAGAAUACCCAAGAAAAAUGUCCAGUCCUUAGAAGACCUGGCUGGCCUCAGAGAGCUCUUCCAAACCCCAGAGCACACCCAGGACCCUAUGGCUGAUGACAAAACCACCAAAGUCCCCUGCAAAUCUCCACUAGCAGAUCCAGUCAACAAGCCAACAAGUAGAAGGAGGCGACUCAAGACCUCUCCCCAGCAAGCGGACGUAAAGGAAGAGCCCUCUGCUCUCGGGAAGUCCACCCGAACGUGUGGGGGAAAUGCACACUCACACAGAGAACCAGGAGGUGCUGAUGACGACGUCAAAUUGUUGAAAAAAACUGCAAAGCAGACACUGAGCCCUGCAGAGAAUGUAAUGCUCAGGAAAAGCCGGCUAAGAGCACCUAAGGAAACGGCCCAGCCCCUGGAAGACCUGGCCAGUUUCAAAGAGUCGUCCCCAGUGCGGGACCACAGCAAGGAACCGGGAAAGGCCGAGGGUAGCCCUAAGGAUGCUCCGGAGCAAACUCCAGGCAGGAGGAAACCUGCGACCGUUUUGCAAAGAGGCCUCAGGGCCCGUAGAGUAAGAGCCGUGGAAGACCUGCAGGCCCACAGAGAGCCCAUCGAAUCUGGACGUGAAGGCGGCGUUUCCCUGCCCUCCAAGAGGAAACGAGGAACGGAAGAAGGUUCGGCAGGAGCCAAGAGGCUGCGAUCCGUGACCCCUGCGCAGGGCGCUGCCGAGGGGAAGCCAGCGCCGAAGAGGAGGAGGAGGGCUCCCACAGAGGGGUGUGACCCACCCGAACCCCCGACAGUGAAGAAGAGGCUGCGGGUCGUGGCAGAAAGGAUGGAACUCCUGGGAGACCGGCCAAGGAGCAGCAGGGAGAUUAAAACAAGGGGAAGAGAAGCAGGAAGGACGACCCCUCCACAUCAGGGAAUGUCCCUGCGCUCUAGACGUCCAAAUAAAACUGAAGCAGAAGAGGAAAGACCCGAGCCUGUUAUAACAGCAGCAGAAAAGCCGAAAACAAAGAGAAGUGACAAGAAGCCCCUGAAGACGUCCCAAGAGACAACGUUACAAAGCCCAGAAGACCAAGCCAAGAAUUCGACAUCUGGGGGCAAAGCCCAUGAAAGCAGAAUGUGUCUGAGGUCUGCCAGACUGGGUCAGAUGCCCUCGCCUGACAUAGCCAAGGAGAAGCAAAGGGAGAAAAGAGUGGGUGUCUCUGGGAAGAAGCAGGAGGAAGAAGUCAGGCAACCCUCAGACCCCAUGUGUUUGAGAUCCAGAAAAAUUACAGUCCCUACUGGAGGAAAUGCUUCAGAGAGCGAACCCCAACAGAGGGUAACUCGGAGCGCCAAGAGAUGUGCUGAAAAUAUAAAAAAGGAUAAUGACAAUGGGGGCAUCAAGAAAUUAAGAACCAGAAGUCAUCGGGACAAUGAAGAUAUUUAGCUACGAAGUUGAAAAGGGGAAAAAGAAAAAAAAAAAAAAAAGUAACAAGUUCAGUUUAAUGAUAUAUCCUAGUACAAUAUUUGGGUAAAUAUAAAAGGGAAUUUUGUAAAGAAUGCUAUCCGGGUGUUUAAGGAAAGAAAGCGUAGAGUUUUCUGUCCCCGAGUGGUCUGUUCACAAAGGCCACGUGGAGGUCAUGAAGAGGACUGCUGGUCUCAUAAAGUGAUAAAAAUGUAAAAUUUGGCUCGGGGACCGGUGGGGGGCAGGGGUUGGGACUAAGUAUGGCCUUCAAUGGGGCCAAAUGAAGCCAUGACGUUUAUCACCCCUGCCCGUGCUUGUCAGUCCCGCGUGCGUGCACUUCCCACGCUGCACCGUAAAUGCUUUGUGUGGGGCCGAGUCCCACGUCGGAAUGUGAAAGCAGGGACUCCUGUCCCUGGGUCCCAACCCUGGGCGGGCACUCAGGAAACACGAACGAAUGGGCAGAUGAACAAACUCAUCGGCUAUUUCUUUACCACGGGGGACACGUUGGGUCCACUCUCGAGAGCUGUUGGCCCCCUGCAUGGGACAGCCCCGUCCCCGGGUCCCUGCCACGGAAGGGACUACACGUGCCACCUGGAGGUGGCUGGUGGCCCCAGCUGCAGGGUGUGGGGGCCGCUGUAUUUAAGGGCUGACUGGCGGCGUGCCUUUUCCGCUUCAAGCAGCUCUGUCCGACCUGGGACCGCUCGCAUCUGAGAGGGCAUCCGGCCCUGGGUCUCGGGGCCAUCGGCCAGGGUGCCGCUCGCCUCUGAACGGCGACAGCCCUCCUAGCUUCUCGCGUUUUCCUCUGACCUUUCCGAGCUCUCUCUGGAAUCUGCUCCCACCUGUGCUUUCUCAGACCGCCCCUGUCAGCCGCCUUCCUUUCCAGCACACCCCCUUGUUCUGCAAACCACCCAAACCCUCCUCCGGAGAAGACGGUGAUUCCCGCGCCGUCCACGCAAGCCCCGGCCUCUCUGGUCUCAGACCGAGGCAGCUCCCUGCUGGGCAUUUCCGUCUCCGUGGUCCACUCCGUCCGCUUCCUCUUUCCGUGUCCGCUGAAUUAGAAGACAGUGCACCUGCCGCCCGGGCGCCUGUCCGUGUCCCCCCCCCCCCCCCCACUCCCCUGUCUAGGCAGGCUGAGGUGGGGCGGGAAGACCAGAGAGGGCAGCCGUCCCCUGCAGCCGCCCCGUCUGUCCGUUCUGACACCAUGUGUCUGGCAUGGAGCCAGGUGCACAUAAUAAAACAUACCUGCUGAAUGAA